AUGACAUCCAUCGGCCCAGAGCAGCUCAAAGCCCUGGAGCAAACUCGACAACGGCUGGUACAGCUAACACAGUCGCUGGGGUCCCUGGCAAACAGCAUCAGCCAGAGCGACCCGCUGCCCGCCUGGUCGUCUCUACAGUCUCAAGCUACAAUCAUAUCCAACAACCUUCUCUCGAUCUCCCACCUUCUCACCGAACAGCAAGGCCUGCUCGCCUCCAUCAUCGCCUACCCAACCCCGGAAUUUCCAGGCCGAACAGAAUCAACUAUCUUACAUCAGCUACUGCGAACGAAACUCGAACCGCGCGUUGAGGAAUGGGUGGCUAGGGGCAGAGCCGUCGCGAAGAACAAUACUGCUUCGUCGCAGCUGCAGGCGCAAGAUGGAAAUGAAUCCACGCGUUUGUCGGUCGACCAGCUGCUGAGCUUAUGGCACUGGGCGCCCGUGGAGGCAAAUAUGGAAGCGAGGCAGAGGGACUGGGGCGGUGAUUAUACUCUGGAAGAAAGAGAAAUGGGAAUCAAGAAUGUGAUAACUGGAUUGAGCCGAAAACUGGAUGAAGGGGAUGAAGAAGAUGAUGAUGAUGAAGAUGAAGACAUGGUAGGCGAUGACAUGGAAGUAAUUGUUGGCGCCCAUGCGAGGGCUGGCGGAGCACCAGGGGUCGAAUUCGAUAUCGCGAGGGGAAGCAGCCAUACGCCUCCAAAGCCGAUGGCCCCUGGGUUGCCGCUUGAGGAUGUUUUUCGAUACAUGACAACAGGCGCGACUCCAAGCCCUAGAUGA